UGAAGAAAUUUCUCUGGGAAAACUUAAUCAUGUAAUCCCCAUCGUAUGUUCUUGGAAAGAUUCAACGGAAACAAUGUUGGAUUGUAUGAACAAGGGAGCUGUUGAUUACCUACUAAAACCCAUUAGACUGGAAGUGGCAAAAACCAUGUUUUUGCGUAUGUACAGAUCAGACUAUUCAAAGUCUUCAAUACGGUGUAGCGGCUCCUUGGAACAAAGGCUUCAGAAAGUCAGCAUGAAAGAUAAAUGGUUAGAGGAGACCAUAUUUGAUUACUACACUCCGCCGAAGCCGUCGAUGAGCGUUGGUUACAUCACAAGACUGAACCCGGCUGCGGAAUUGGAAAAAACAAACUCUCUCAAAAGAAAAUUGUCAGUAUGGGAAUUUAAUGCCCAUGAUUUAACAGAAGAAGACCAAUUGAGAUGCGUGGUCAUCAUUUUCGAGCAUGUUUUGGAAUAUAACGGACUCCGUGUGUCAUCGACAAAUCAAUUACACCAAUUCAUAUUCGCCAUCAUGAAGUGUUAUCACAACACAAAUCCGUACCACAAUUUCAUUCAUGCCGUGGACGUUCUCCAAGCAAUGUUUCAUUUUCUGUGCAAAAUAGAUCUCAUUCCCUCUUUGUUCCCAUCCCGAUUUGAAAAAAAUCGGCAGAGAUGCUUUCCCGAUAAUCUUUUGAAGAGCACUGACGCCUUUGCUCUACUGUUGGCAUCCAUUGGACAUGAUGUCGGUCAUCCGGGAGUCAGCAAUAAUUUCCUGAUUCAAUCGCAAACUCCAUUAGCGCAGAUAUACAAUGAUACAUCGGUUUUGGAGAGCUUUCAUGCCAUGACACUGUUUAACUUGAUGCGAAAACACGAUUUCAUGGUUUACAAUCCUGGUACCACCGAGUAUGCUGAAUUGCGAAAGACCGUCGUAAACGCAAUCCUCGCCACCGACAUGGACUUGCAUGAAGAGUAUGUUGUGGGUAUCAAUGAGCAAAUUAAAAGAUUCCAAUCGUCCGACUAUGAAUUAAAGGCGGACAAAGAGAGAAAGAUUAUUAUUGGUGCAUUGAUCAAGUGUGCAGAUAUCAGUAAUGUGGCGAGGCCAUAUCAUAUUGCCGAAAGUUGGUCAAACGUUUUGAUGGAGGAAUUCAGGUGUCAAGGUGAUUUGCAGAGGAAACUCGGUCAACCCGUUCCUCCGUUAAAUGACAGGCAUGGAAGUAUCACGCAAUCCGACUCUCAGAUAUGGUUCAUUGAUUUUUUCGCAAUGCCUCUGUUUACAAGUGUCGGUAGUCUCUUGCCAGAAAUGGAUUUUUGCAUCAAGUAUCUCGAGACCAAUAAAACAUCUUGGCAAAAAUGCAAGGAGAAUGCCAAUGGUAAUGACCGGUCGCUGAGGCACAACAGUUCCGGUAACGAUUCGGCGGUUAUAGUUUCUCCCACCGAUGAUUCUCCCACCAUAGUUACUGCUCCGGCAAAGAACGUUCCCGAAGCACCGUCGGAAGACUUGAGGUCUAACCUAGAUGAGGCUCUUAGCAAUGCAGGCACAUCAGAAGCUCCUCUAGUGCAAUCUAAUCAGUCUAAACAACAAACUUUUAGUUGGCCGUUCUUUGCGAGAAGCAAGUCGCAAGCAGUUCCAAGUGCGAACCAACAUGAUAACAACUUGAUCCAACAAAACGAUCGGGAAAGCAGUAUACUGUGUUGUAGUAUUCAGUAG